UAUUAGCUGUCUUGCUUGCUUACUAGCAGUUCCGGUGCUGCGUUUUUACCAUGACAAAAUACCUCGAAAUUAAACAUAUAUUGUCCGCCAGGUAAACGAGGGAUGUGGCGGGGAUGUGUCUAAAUAAUGGGAAACGUGUUUGGGGGAAAGAGUCGACCCUCACGCGUCACGGAACAGGACAAGGCCGUUUUGCAACUGAAGCAGCAGAGAGAUAAGCUGAAGCAGUAUCAAAAGAGGAUCACCCUCCAUCAGGAGAAAGAACAUCUUCUGGCCAAGCAGCUGCUCAAAGAUGGCAGAAAAGAAAAGGCUCUGCUGCUACUGAAGAAGAAGCGCUAUCAGGAUCAGCUGCUGGACAAGACAGAAAAUCAGAUCUCAAACAUUGAGCGAAUGGUUCAAGACAUCGAGUUCAUGCAAAUUGAGCUGAAAGUCAUCGAGGGGCUGCAAGCCGGCAAUGAUUGUCUGAAGAGUAUGCACCAGAUCAUGUCAAUAGAAGAUGUGGAGAGAAUCCUGGACGAGACCCAGGAAGCAAUUGAGUACCAAAAGCAAAUUGAUGACAUGUUGGCCGGAGCGUUGACGCAAGAAGACGAGGACGCUGUUUUGGCUGAACUGAAAGCCAUUACUGGGGGAGAAGACGUGGCGCUUCCGGAUGUUCCGACAGAACCGAUCACCGAGGCGGCGGGUACACGACCAGAGAGAAGAAGGGCGAAGAACACAGAGCGGGAGAUGUUAUCAGCAUAACAUUUGACCACAUACUUUCUGUAUUUAAAUCCUGAAUUAAACAAUUUUGUUC